UUUCGGGUAGCGGUUAUCUUUGCUUAUUCAGAUAAAAUUCUCUCAACAGCAGCGUAUUAUUGACAUUUUUAAGACCCAACGACCAAGACGCGGUCUUUCUCUCUCGGUGUCUUUGUUUUAGGGGCUUGUAUUAAGGGGCUGGAGAGACCCCAAGAGUCUGCAAGCCCUGCGAAAGCAUAAACUCAAAAGAAGAGACAAAUGGGUUUCUUCUCCUUCCUCGGCAGAGUCAUCUUCGCCUCCAUAUUUAUCCUCUCUGCUUGGCAGAUGUUCAAUGAAUUUGGCGAUGACGGCGGGCCUGCUGCGAAGGAGUUGAUCCCCAAGGUCACUCUUGUCAAGAAACAUCUAUCCUCUACGUUGGGGAUAAAGCUGCCAACUAUUGAUGCUAGAUAUUUGGCUGCAGCGUCUCUUGUUCAGAAAGGUAUCGGAGGCUUCUUAUUUGUGUUUGGCAGCUCUCUUGGCGCUUAUCUCCUGCUUCUGCACCUGGCACUUUUUACCCCACUUCUUUAUGACUUCUACAACUACAGUCAAGAACAGCCAGAAUAUUUUGCUCUCUUAAACGACUUCCUGCUGAAUUUUGCGCUUUUUGGUGCACUGCUUUACUUCAUGGGGAUGAAGAAUCUGAUUCCAAAGAGGCAACUCAAGAAGAAGGCCCCCAAGGCAAAAGCAGCUUAGAUGUUCCUGAGAAGCAACGAUUAAAUGUCGGAUUCUUCUUGCCCGUAUCCAGAUUUUUAAGGUUAAGGAUGUCAAGCAGCCAUUGCCCAGAAUUAUACGGAAUUGUAUCGCACUUUCCUUUAGAAGGUCGGAUUGUAAUUUUCGAGUUCUAGAAAUUGCUACAUUGAUAGUUCAAUGUUGCUUGUUGAGAUCGUUAUUUUCUUAAGGAAAACAAAAGAACGGAUUGAAUACAGAUUUUGUUUUACUAUGACCA